UGACCACCGGGGUCCUCUCGUCAGUGGUGUACCCAAGCACGACCGACGGACCAUGUCUGGCAGCAUGGCUGGCAUCCACAAGACAUUCCUUAAGCGUGCGGUGAGCUCCCAGCGGCUCCGUGCGGUUGUGGUGGACUAUGAAGUUCUUUGCAAGUCAACGGUUGCCUCCGCGCCUACGACGCGAUCAACGCGUCUACAUGAUGUAUCGAAGCCAGACGAAGCCUUGGGCGGCGUAAAGCGCGGUUCUCUCUUGUCAAACGUCCGCGGGUUGUUAAACAGCAUGACACAAUCCGAAACUGAGCAAGGUCGCCGUGUACAGACGACAUUGGCAGGAUUACCUUCCUUCAGUACGUCUCUGUUGCCACAAGCCUGAUUGAAGAUAAGUUGGUGGACUGUAGUGCGGGCCACGAUUCUGGGCGAGGAUGAUGCCGCCAAGAAAGACAAGCACGGCAACGACGACGACGUGGCACUCCACGAUAAACUCGUGGAUGAGAUGCAACGGAAGCCAUCUUUGAAAAGCGCCGCGAAGGUCAAAGAUCCGUUGGCUUUGGAAGACGUCGCGAGCGACGACAGCAGCGUGCGAGCAAAAUACUUGGCGAAAAUGAACGCACUCAAGCAGCGCGCCAAGCUCAACGCCGUCAUGGCCGACUCUCGUUCCGACGAUAUCAGCUCAAUCUCGUCCGUGCCAUCCCCCGAACCAGCACCCGUCGCCCCAACCAAACACGACGACGUUGCCCCUGCCGACAUGACGAACGACCUGCCCAAGCGCAAAGUGAACGAGCACACGAAUGUGUUCUUGAGCUACAUUAGGUUGCGUGGGCUGGCGUUAGGUGUGAUUCCGCCCACGGCAACUCAUCGGCAGGACGAGUUCCAGCUCUUUGUGGACGAAGUGGAUUUCCUGGAUGCUGUCAUGGACGACGCCGCCGCGUUGCCCCUACCGGCGCCAAUGGUUCGCGUUUGCAGCAAAUUGGAGCUAGCCCCCAAAGAUGUGAUCGUGAUCUCGAGCUCCCACGCUGCGAUUUCGUCGGGCAGGUACGUACAGUGGACCUGUCGAUUCUUUGGCGGCUUGAUGGAUAUGCCAGUGUGACGGUAACCUGGUGUGGGGUUGGUUGGGUAGGGCCGCUGGAGCGUACACGUGCUAUUUGCCAGAAACCCCCCACGAUGUCAACCACGACUGCGAUUAUACUAUUCCAAACCUUCGCGAAUUCAAGUACAUUGUCGAAGAGCUCAACGGGAUUUCAUGGCGAAAGUAACGUGUUAAUAUAAGGUUUCUUGACA